AUGCGAGCUCCCAACUUGAAGCUAACUACUCGAUCACAGGCAAUUCCACCUAUCACUAGCCAGUUUCAUUCACUCUCAGAUGUGGCAUGGUAUGGUAGCGCGUACCAGUUGACUAGCUCAUCACUCCAGCCUCUCACGGGGAGAAUAUACACACACUUCAGCCUAAAGGUAUUUCGCUAUACGCUCCUUCAAGCGAAGCCAAUGUGGGCUUACAUUUAUCAGUGGACCUAUAUUGUAUUCUUGAUUAUCUUUGAGAUUGGGUCAUUGCUAUGUGCCACAGCAUCAACAUCAAAAAUGUUGAUCAUCGCGCGAGCCGUUGCUGGAAUUGGAGCCGCGGGCAUCCAGAAUGGGUCUUUGACGAUAAUUGCUAGAUCUCUUUCUUUGAAGAAACAAGCUGCUACCCUAGGCACUGUUAUGGCGGUCUCCCAGCUGGGCCUUGUCCUUGGGCCCCUGGUUGGAGGAGCGCUUACGGAUUAUGUAUCAUGGCGAUGGUGCUUUUACAUCAAUCUCCCAAUCGGUGGUCUAAUCAACCUUGCCAUGUUCUUCGUCACUCUUCCGAAUUCAAGCAGCAAUACCACCACGCUCUCGCCUCUCCAAAUUAUUCGCCAAAAAUUGGACCUCGUCGGAUUCUUCAUUCUUGCACCCGCGUUGAUCCAGCUUCUAUUGGCGCUCAAUUAUGGCGGAAACGAAUUUGCCUGGGAUAGCUCGACAGUCAUUGGUCUUUUCUGCGGCUCGGCCGCAAUGUUCGCGGUGUUUCUCGCAUGGGAACACCGCACCGGUGAAAAGGCGCUCUUCCCCCUUCACAUGGUAUGCCAGAGAAAUGUGGCCUGCUCGUGUCUCUUCUUGUUUUUCUUGGGCGGUAUGACUGCCUGUGCAUCAUAUUAUCUUCCCUUAUAUUUCCAGGUAGUGAAGGGCGUCUCGCCCAUGAUGAGUGGCGUUUAUUUACUCCCCAACGCCAUCAGUCAGUUGAUUCUUGUCAUUUCAAUCGGACCUCUGGGUAUGAUACUCACUUGCAGUCCUUCCUUGACAUUAUCUCAUGCUGAUGAAACAUUAGUUGCAAAAGUGGGCUACUAUCUUCCCUUCAGUAUAGCCACUGGGGCGAUUUCUUCUAUCGGAAAUGGAUUAACAUCACUUUUUUCGCCCUCAACCCCCACGGCAACCUGGAUCGGAUACCAAAUCAUACUUGGAAUGGGUCGGGGUAUUGGCAUUCAAUCGCCAAUGAUUGCUGUACAGAGUUCUGUUCGACCAGAGCAGAUUUCAAUCGGAGUAUCCAUGCUCUCGUUUAGCCAAAGUAUGGGUCAAGCGUUGUUCCUUACUUUGGGUCAAGUCACCUUCAUCAACAGCUUGAAGGCCGCGCUCAGUUUACAUGCCUCGUCUGGUAACUCGGCCGCUGUGAUUGCUGCUGGAGCUGGAGACGUCCGUGCUGUCGUCUCCAAGGAUGAGCUUCCUGGGGUAUUGGUGGCCUAUAGCCAGGGAAUAGAUCACGUCUUUUACCUGGCUACUGGCAUCGCACUCGGAUGCUUCUGUGUAGCUUGGGGAAUGGGGUGGAAGGAUAUAAGAAAGCGACAUACCUAA